AACCCAAUCUUCCAUCAGUUCCAUGUGCAAAACCCAUGAGUUCGCUUUUCCUGCGAACGAUGUUACCUCUUCUGUUUCUCUUAGUGUUCAAAUUUCCAUGUUCAUUUGCAGCCUCUGAUUCUGUCUAUGAAUCAUUCCUCCAAUGCUUCACAAACCAAUCCAGCACAUCAAAUCAACUCUCCAAUGUACUCUUUCCUCAGUCUGAUCCCUCAUACCCAUCCGUUUUGCGGGCUUACAUCCGCAACGCUCGUUUCAAUUCUUCUUCCACGCCAAAACCAGUAAUCAUUGUCACCCCAUUGCUUGAAUCCCAUGUCUCAGCAGCUGUAAUUUGUUCCAGAAAUCUGGGUUUUCAACUCAGGAUCCGUAGUGGCGGCCACGAUUUUGAGGGCAUAUCUUAUGUUUCCGAUCGGCCCUUCUUCAUUCUUGACAUGUUCAAUUUGCGGUCCAUUUCUAUAGAUAUGGAAGAAGAGUCUGCCUGGGUUGGAGCCGGUGCGACUCUCGGUGAACUUUAUUACAGUAUUUGGCAGAAGAGCAAAGUCCAUGGGUUCCCUGCAGGGGUUUGUCCCACCGUCGGCGUCGGCGGACAUUUUAGCGGUGGUGGUUACGGAAAUAUGUUGCGAAAGUAUGGUUUAUCUGUGGACAACGUUGUGGAUGCUAAAAUUGUUGAUGUUAAUGGUAGAAUUCUGGACAGAGAGGGGAUGGGGGAAGAUCUUUUCUGGGCAAUUAGAGGCGGUGGAGGAGCGAGUUUUGGUGUGGUCUUGGCUUACAAGAUCAAGUUAGUUCCGGUUCCAGAAACAGUUACUGUUUUUAGAGCUGAAAGAACUUUGGAUCAGAAUGCCACUGAUUUUGUUUUCCGGUGGCAAACCGUUGCUCCGACAACGGAUAACAAUCUGUUUAUGAGGAUGCUUGUGCAGCUAAUAACAAGAAACAAACAGAAAACAGUCAGAGCAUCAAUUUUGACAUUGUAUUUGGGAGGUGCACAUGGUCUGGUGGCACUGUUGCAAAAGGAUUUCCCUGAACUGGGUUUGAAGAAGGAAAAUUGUAUGGAGAUGAGUUGGAUUGAAUCCGUUCUUUGGUGGGCUAAUUUUGAGAAUGGAACAUCACCUGAUGUCCUGCUGGAUAGAGAUCCAGACGACGCGGAUUUCUUGAAAAGAAAGUCAGAUUAUGUGCAGACCCCAAUUUCAAAAGAUGGAUUGGAGUGGCUAUGGAAAAGAAUGAUUGAAUUGGGAAAACCAGGUUUGGUUCUCAAUCCAUAUGGAGGCAGAAUGGAUGAAAUCAAAGCUACAGAUACCCCAAUGCCUCAUAGAGCAGGGAAUUUGUAUAAACUCCAGUACUCAAUCACUUGGGAUGAGCCUGGAGCAGAGGCUGAAAGGAAUUACACAAAUUUGGUAAACAGGCUUCAUAGUUACAUGACUGCCUUUGUGUCCAAAAAUCCUAGGAGGGCCUUUUUCCCGUACCGGGAUAUUGAUAAUGGCAUCAGUAAAACGGGCAGCUAUGAAGAGGGUAAAGUUUAUGGGAUAAAGUAUUUUACUGAGAACUUUGAGAGGUUAGUGGAUGUGAAGACUGCUGUUGAUCCAGCAAACUUUUUCAGGAAUGAGCAAAGCAUCCCGCCCCGCACAAGUAAGGAAUAGAAUCAAUCCUAGUUUUCUUCUUUGUUAGUUUAGUGAAAGUAUCUGUAUUUAGUCCUGUUUACAAUCACAAUCAAGAUUGGUUAGUCUCUUUUAUGAAUGUAAACUUCUGCGUGACAUACGGAAGACUUCAAUAAAAUGAUUAAAAAAAAUGGAAUUCCCCAAUUUAACAUGUGGGCGGUUGACAACUAGCCAUUGUAAUGAACAAAACCAAUAAGAAGUGAGGCCACCAAAACAAUGAAGAAACCAAUCAUUGACUAGUGAAUUACUACGCACUAUUUAGUUCGUGGAAAUUGCGUCUGUUUUUGUCUCUUUGACUGUUGGAUUUUUAUUUUUGGGUUGACUUACGCGUACAAACAGGACUUAAUGGGUAUUGCUCUGACAUGGAAGAUUGCCUGCCAAUUGUUCGAUGAAAGUCCUCAACCAGUGAUACAGGCAGCCGCUAAGUAACUCGCUUGUGUUUGUUAGGAAUUUUGGCUGGACUUAACUUGGCGGAUCUUGAAGCUCUGCAGAACCUGAAUUCCAUCUCUCUACCAAAAUUAGAACCCCAAAAUUUAUUCAUUGUCACUGAUUGACCUGAUUUCUAUAGGAGUAAAAUGCAAACAUUAAUUGAUUUGCAGAUAUUUUUAUUUUUGAUGGAUAUUUGAUAUGCAAAUUGACGCCUUUCUUUAAUGAGUGCUCACAUGGGCUGGUUGCUGCAGGGUCCACCUCAGACGUGAGUCGCGUGAGUAAACUGUCUAUGUCCGGACGAACUAUCAACAUGCUACUAGCAGCCCUUGUGUGCCUCUCUCUCUCUUUUGGGGAUAUAUAGAAUUUUCAUUUUCCGAUAUAUAGAUGAUGACUUCUUGAUUUAUCCUUCAUUUUGUGGAAAAUGUGUUGCUUUGCGUGGAGGAUCUUGCCUGAUAGAGGAACUAACAUGCUUUUCAUUGUUUAUUUUUUUUGUUUGAUAAACGAGGAACUAACUU